AUGUCGACACCAGCGGCUCCAGUUCCUCGUCGACCAGCGUCUGCCAAUGGUGGUUCUGGAAGCGCGCCGUCUAGUCGUCCUGCUUCAGGCUCUGGUUUACGUAUAGGGCCGUACCUAUUGGGAAAAACUUUGGGAGUCGGCAGUACCGGUCGCGUUAAGCUCGGAACCCAUAUUGAGACUGGUCAACGCGUGGCCAUCAAGAUCAUUUCUCGUGAAUCCCUCUCUCAAAACCAAUCGCCGGAAAAGAAGACUUCAAACAACAUGAAGAUUGAACGUGAAAUCACAAUUAUGAAACUGAUUCAGCAUCCGAACGUUCUUCAGUUAUUCGAUGUCUAUGAAAGCGAGAAGGAAUUGUUUUUGAUUUUGGAACACGUCGAGGGUGGUGAAUUGUUUGACUUUUUGGUCAAGAAGGGCAGACUUUCUGAGGGAGAAGCCCUCAAGUUUUUCCAGCAGAUUGUGUUUGGAGUCGAUUUCUGCCAUAGACACUUAAUUUGUCAUCGAGAUCUCAAGCCAGAAAACGUACUGCUCGAUAAAGAUCUCAAUGUAAAAAUUGCAGACUUUGGUAUGGCCAGUUUGCAAGUAACUGGAAAGAUGCUGGAGACCAGUUGCGGGUCUCCACACUACGCAAGUCCCGAAGUCAUCAAGGGUAUCAAGUACGAUGGACAAACUUCUGAUAUUUGGAGUUGUGGUGUGAUACUGUACGCCCUCUUGACUGGAAACUUGCCGUUCGAUGAUGAGAAUAUACGUAGAUUGCUGAGCAAGGUCAAAUCUGGAAUGUACAUCAUUCCCGAGUUUGUGAGCGUCGAAGCCAAGGACCUGAUCAAGAAAAUGUUGGUGGUUGAUCCAACUCAACGUAUAACCAUGAGGGGCAUUAUGGAGCACCCAUGGUUUAAGUCCCAGACCUUCAAGCCUGUUGACCAAAUGUAUUUGAAAGGUGCUCUUGAUAACAAGGAGGCCUUCUCCAAGAUCAUGGAAGGCCAACCACUAGAUUCAGAAAUCAUUGCAUCCCUUGGUCUUCUGGGAUGGGGCAAUGAAGCUGAACUAAAUGAGGCGCUGAAGAAACCAGAAGCCAACAUUGAAAAGGUCUUUUACUUUCUCCUCUGCAAUCGAAAACUGGAAACCAUGGAAAACUUUGACGUCCGAAAACUUCAGGAAUGGGAUAUUGAAGGUGGACCAAGACGACGUGCAGAUUCAUUCUCUUCUUUAUACGGGGAUCGCAGCGGCUCCAAAUCAGAGCUUACAAACAUGGGUAAAUCCAUGGAUGAACUGCGACAGAAAUUGGACGAAUCUCGCAAGUCGAGAGAAGAAUUGAAUCGACCGUCUGCUCCUACUACUCCUACAAGUUCUAGUGGUGAUAUGUUGCCGCCUUCGAGAGAUUCUAGUGCCGAGGGGAUGGAUGUUGCUAAUAAGCGCAUGUCGAUGCCUUCAGCACCUGUUGUGGCCGCUGCGCCUACGAGUCCAGUCAAGAGUGCUAGACCUGUUAGUGAGAUUUCUCCAAAGGCCAAGAUUGUUUCAAAUCAUCAUGCAAGUGUCAAGGUCAACAGUCCAUUGUCUGCAUCCAUUACAAGUGCUGAUCCAACUUCCUACAUGCAAUCAGCCAGCCUCCCAGCAUACAGCAUGAUAAACGAAAGUGCUGGAUCAAGUCUCAGCAACGUUUCUCCCAUCAACACCAACAUGAAUGAUUACCGAACACCAAGUUCAGGAGGUGCCAAGAGCCUCACCAUUUCAAUUCCAAGUGCUGGUGAUCGUUCAUCUACCGCCAGUGUAUCGUCAGCUCAUUCAGGAAAGAGUCCUGAUGUUUCAGAUGUUCCUGGAACACCUAAAUUCCAUCGCAAGAGAGUCACCGAAGUCUCCUCGCCAGUCAUUACAUCCACAACACCCAAACGAAGCUGGUUUGCCAACUUGUUCAAUUUCAAACCAGAGACCUUUACAUUCGUCAGUCGCAAAAACUACGAGGAUACCGUCAACAAUAUCAUGGAGCGUCUCACAACCUUGGACGUCAAAUACCAACGCCGGAAGGAAGGUGGUUUCAAAUGCAAAUACGAACGGGGAGUUUCAUCUGACACACCAUCACCUACCGAGUCUAACGAAUCAGAAGAGAUCAAGCCCGAUAAGAUGGGAUCAACUACCAAGUUCCGCAUAGAUAUUAUUGGUGAAGAUGAAGAUCCAAAUGGUAUUAAGGUCGUGUUUGUUCAACAACAAGGAUCCUUCACACUGUUUUCAUCUCUAUGUGACAAGUUCAGAGAAACCUGGACUGUUUGA